GUUAGUUCCUCCGUUUAGACUGUACGUCUUUCGAGAAGUUAAUCUUCCGUUCUCGAAGCGUCCAUCAGUUAAGUGCUCCUUGUGAUCCGUAGGUGUCGUUAGUUAUAUCUAUUCUCCAACGACUAGUUAUCGAACUUGGAUUUGAUGGCUCAGUCAAAGCUAUAUUUCAAGCUCAAGCAAACAAUUAUUUUUCCAUUCAUGGUUCUCGUGCUGACUGAAAUCGUACAAGGAAAGGACGAUUGUCGCAUUGUAAAGUAUGAGCCCCAAAUGGUUGGGAGAUCUCUGUUGAAUCACACGAUCAUUUCGGUCGUCAUAGACUCGAUGGAAAUUUGUGAAUUGAGGUGCUAUCUUGAACACGACUGUGUGUCGAUCAACUUUGGAGCUGAAGAUGACGGAGCGAAUAGAUGUGAACUAAGUGACUCAGAUCACAUUGUUCAUCCUGGAGAUCUUAAAAAUCGAGAGGGAUUUAUCUACAGAUCAGUUGAGAAUUUUUGCACCAGCAAUCCUUGUUCAUCGAAUGGCCGCUGUCAAACAGGAUUUGGGGAUAAAGGAUACCGCUGUAUAUGUUCUACAGGAUACACAGGGGAACACUGUUCUACUGCGAUCCUCGGUCACGUUAAAGAAAAACCCGGAAAUUCUUGUAAACAUAUCUUGGAUAAUGGGUCAUCGAAAAAAAACGGGGAGUACUGGAUCGACCUCGGAGACAGCGGAGACCCUCUAAAAGUUUACUGCGACAUGACAACUGAUGGAGGACGAUCGAAAGGAUGGGAUGACAGCAUUUGUGGAGAAACGAAAAGCCGACUAUACGGACAAUUAGUCUGUUAGUUUUCGGGAAAAUCGUAGGUUGCGAGAACUGUGGAAUGUUGGGUGGGAAAGUUUAGACAGGUGAAAGAAUAGUAACAGCUUAUGCACAGUGACGUGUGAAGCGCAACGAAAACAUCUAGCAUGAAUUUUCUAAAAAACAAGAAGACUUAAUCAAUAAAAUUGAACGAAAAAAUAAAAUAAGUAAAGUGGUAUCAUGAUCAUUUUUCGUUCGUUCGCUCAUGUUUUGUAUGGAUACCGCGCAGUAUACAUUGCGUCUGGGAGAAGUAUAGAUUUCAGUUCCGUUUAGUUCUAUAUGCUAAUUAAGACUCAAGCCAGGAUAAUUAAGUGAUGCACUCUCCAGUAAUUGUUAACCCACUGCAAACCAAGUUUUUUUGUACUCAUUCUAUUUUUUAGUUUAAGUGUAUAACAAAACAUUUAAUGACUUGCCCCACAGGAAACAGCGCUUUCUAUUUCCUCUCAGUGCUGAAUGGAAAGAAAACUCACUCUUCCGCUAGGGGGUCAGUCAUUAAAUGCUUAUCAUCUUAAACGUGUUAGGUGCCUGUAUUAGAAUAAACUCUAUUGGUAGGGUAGCUAGAGGGAAAAAGAUGAAACGUUUUUAGAGCAUCGAAACUUACAUUUCUUAUUUUGUUUUCCUUCAAUUAGAUUUUACGUACGCAGAUCAGAAAUAGAAACAUAUACAUGUACAGUAGAGCACAUAAACCUGCUAAUUGUGACUCGUAAAUGUAUGCCGGACUCAGCGCGUUGGAAGAAAUGCUGUUAGUUUACUUCUCUGCACAGAAAACACUAGAACUUUGGAUGUUUACAUUUAUGUUCUGAAAGUAGUUGAAGUUUUUGUUUUUGUGUCCGAGUAACCUGCCGCCUACGCUUUGCUAUUGACAAAAAACCGAGUCAUUACACCAUUUCAAUAUGAGGCAUUACUAAUGUAGGAGUAUCAAGCCGUUUCUAUUCAG